AUGCAAGCGGCAGCAUGUACAUCCAUGCUUGCUGCAAUCCUGCUUCAAAAUGGCGCAGUCCCGCUACAUUCCGCAGCUGUUGUAUCCAUUAUCAGAUGCCAUAAUACAGGCCCUUGGUUGCUCCUGAUUAAGAUGAGCACAGACUGGCACUACGGAUCACUCUUGGUAGGGUUUCUGGUCGCGCUGCUUACUUUGACCACCUUGUCAUUACAAUUCACUUCGACCGUUUUACUAUCACAAGUUGGUAUAGCGUCUCUCCCAGUUGCGGUCUCCGUUUCGCAGACAUACUAUGGCGCAGAUAUAGAGGGGCCCUCAUACAUUUCCCAACGUGAAGCAUCUCCUUCGUUUCUUAAAACAACCCCUGUGAGAUAUCCUGCCUUUGCUGAAUGGACAUUCAAUGCAACGGGCACGACUUCCCAGGACGGCGAAUUCGCUCCUAACAGCACUACUGGGAUAAGAGACACUGGCACCGUCAUCCGAGCCUUCCUUCCAUUCAAAGAGGACGACGAGCGCCGAAGUUUGAUAGAAUAUCACGGAUAUGCCACUGCAGUGGAUACGAGAGUUGUCUGUAUGCGCCCAAAGCUCACGAACGUCUUUUUUAACUCUGGUGAAGGUUACCGCGUAACCGGCCUGGCAGACAUUAAGAAAGAGCCGUUGGGCCUUCUUCGGAAGCCAAACGAUGAAGGGAGCACAAACUACUCAAUGGAAUUUGAUUGCGGAUUUUCUGUCCUUUCAAGGAUAUUGCCAGAGAAAAUGUGGCCGGUCUCUUUAUGUGAACUCAGCCAAAUGAAUUCAAGACAAGGUAUUCACUCGGUCAUGGAACCUGAAGGCAAAGAGGAACUGGGGGAAUCAUACCUUCUCAUCAAUGCAACAAGGACUGAAACCGUUACUGAUUUGGAUGACUCAGACGUCUGGGUGUCUAUGACACUUGAGGACAGCUACUCCUUUGAUGGUGGUUCUGGAGACGAAGAAGAAGAAGAUGAGAAGGAAUCCAUGACUAUACAAUUCACCCUUUGCAUGACUGCGUUCCAAGCGCAAGAGAUGGAGAUAGACGCGACGAGACCUGUAUCAUUUCCUCCGGAACCAACCAUACAUUGGGACACGUCAACUGCCAGUUACGACAUUAAGGAUGUCCAGCGGCAACUCGGUGCUGGGAUAUCAAGAGAUUCGACGACAGACCGUGGCAUAUUCGACCUCGCUCAUCGUUCAUGGAAGCGACCUAAUCGAUCCGAGUUCUUAUCCGUCGAUACAAGCGCGUUUUCGACCACUGAUGGCCUUGACGCCAUCGGGCUCGACGACAUGUAUAGGAGCGAACUUAACGCCGCUCAAUACUCAGUUCUCGCUUAUAUAGCAACCUACACCGCCGAUCCUUCGCUCGCCCUUCAAGCUUACUUUACCACCUUAUGCGCACUCUGUUACUACGAUCGCAUUAUUAUGUUUGACAAAGCCGCGCCCUCAUCAAGAAUAUCUUUAGUCCAAGUCACUCGACCAUUGGGCUGGACUGUCUUUAUCAUCGUUGCCGGCGUGGCGGUGUUGCAUCUUCUCCUAGUCUUACUAGUUGUAUUCAUAUUCCGUCGAUCUGGAAGUCUCAGCCGGAUCGAGAACGCUUGGGCCUGUGUCUCGCAACUCCUUGGGCCAACCACAGAAGGUUGGAUCAGAGACGCAGACAUGGUGGACGAUGAGACGGUCAAAUCGUGGUUGAAGGAUCGCGGUAUGCACGAAACUUUGGUUCAGGUUGGGAAUGUUCAGAAUCGCGUGCAACUUGUCGAAAAGGACAAAGUGCUAUAG